GUCGGGCUGUAAGGACAUGAGGACGUGAGGACAGCAUCCCUCUGAGUGCCGGGCGGUGAGCCCGCAGGGAAAGCCCUGCAGGAUGCCGAGGCUACGGGGCAGGUGCUGACACCAUGAAGGGCUACCAUGGGGAGCGUAGCCAGACACAGCACUCCUCCGGCCACCGCUGCCGCUGCAUCCCAGAGGACUGCGAGCAUCCCGCUGACUACAUCCCCCACGGCCCCGACGGCCACCCGCCUUACCUGCUCAGCCCCAGCGAGCCGUGUUCCCUGGAGCAUCCCUUCUGCCCGGUGCGGAGCCCCGGCACGGCCGGCGAGUGCGGUCCCCUGAGCGAUCCGCCCUCCGGCAGCGCCAGCAGCACCUUCCCGAGGAUGCACCACGCGCAGCAGCAUCAGCCCUACGACUCCUGCGACGAAUGCAUGGCGACCGCCCACCCCUCCAGCAAGAUCAACCGCCUGCCCCCAACGCUGCUGGACCAGUUCGAGAAGCAGCUGCCGCUGCACCACGACGGCUUCCACACUCUGCAGUACCCGCGGGCCGGCGGCGCCGAGCCGCGCAGCGAGAGCCCCAGCCGCAUCCGCCACCUCGUCCACUCCGUGCAGAAGCUCUUUGCCAAGUCGCACUCCCUGGAGGCGCCCGCCAAGCGGGAUUACAACGACACCAAGAUGGACGGCCGCGGGGACGGCUACCACCACCACCACCACCAUCACCACCACCACCACCACCAGUCCCGCCACGGCAAGCGUAGCAAGAGCAAGGAUCGCAAGGUGGAUUCCCGGCACCGGUCCAAGAUGAUGGGCUGGUGGAGCUCCGACGACAACCUGGACAGCGACAGCAGCUACAUGGUGUCUGGCCGGCACGCCGUGGACCAGGGCACCCAGUACUGCGUGGACGCUCCCGAAAGUGCCUUCAGAGACUUGACCUUGAAGAAUCUAAAGAGCGGCGGGGAAGGGAAAUGCUUGGCGUGUGCUGGGAUGUCCAUGUCUCUGGAUGGACAGACGGUCAAGAGGAGCGCCUGGCACACCAUGACCGUCAGCCAAGCCCGCGAAGCCUACCCCAGCGCCAGCGGCACGGAGAAAACCUUGAUGCUUCAGGAGACAAAGGCCAAAGACAGAGCCUACCAGUACCUGCAGGUGCCGCAGGACGAGUGGAGUGGGUACCCGGCGGUGGGCAAGGACGGGGAGAUCCCCUGCCGGAGGAUGCGCAGUGGCAGCUACAUCAAGGCCAUGGGCGACGAGGACAGCGCCGAUUCAGAUGCCAGCGCCAAAGUGUCGCCCCGGGCGGCCACACGGAGAGACAGCUACCGCCGCUCCUCCAGCGCCGACCAGGCCAGGAGCAAGUUUGCAAGUAGGCACUAUUCUGAUUCAUAUAUCUGUAACUGUCCCAGCUGCGGUGUGCCACCUCGAAUGCUCCCUCGGGGGCAGGGCUACGGGCGCUCCUUCACCACUGGCCAGAUCAAUGAUGAGCUCAACCACCAAUUUGAGGCUGUGUGUGAGUCUGUUUUUGGUGAGGUGGAGUCGCAAGCCGUGGAGGCUCUGGACCUGCCCGGCUGCUUCCGCAUGCGGAGCCACAGCUACCUGCGGGCCAUCCAGGCGGGCUGCUCCCAGGACGACGACUGCCUCUCGCUCUUCUCCAUGUCAGCCCCCGCUGGGCCGCCCAUCACCAGCAGCAUCCUGAAGCCUGGCACCUCCUUCAGUUACAGAAAAGCUCCACCUCCCAUCCCUCCAGGAACCAAAGCCAAGCCCCUCAUCUCCGUCACCGCGCAGAGCAGCACCGAGUCUGCUCACGAGAGCUACCUGCCCAGUGAGGUCACCCGCGGCCCCGCCUGGUCCAAAGAUGCCGCGGCCCGCUGCAAUUCAGCAGAGAGCCUGGAGAGCUCCAAGGUGACGGCCGUGUCCCUUGAACUGCCACCGGUGCAGCCCCGCACAGCCCCCAAGCCCUCCACGCUCAUCAUCAAGGCCAUCCCCGGGCGGGAGGAGCUGCGCAGCUUGGCUCGGCAGAGGAAGUGGCGGCCGUCCAUUGGUGUCCAGGUUGAGGCUGUCUCUGAUUCGGAUACGGAGAGCCGGAGCCAGAGGGAGUUCCACUCCAUCGGGGUGCAGGUGGAGGAAGACAAAAGGCGCGCCCGCUUCAAGCGUUCCAACAGCGUGACGGCGGGUGUGCAGGCAGACCUGGAGCUGGAGGGCUUCGCCGGGCUGGCCGUGGCCACUGAGGACAAAGCUCUGCAGUUUGGCCGCCCCUUCCAGCGGCACUCCUCGGAGCCCGAGUCCGGCCGGCAGUAUGCAGUGUACAAAACGGUGCACACGCAGGGCCAGUGGGCUUACCGGGAGGACUACCAGAUGCAGUACGAUGCAGUGGAGGUGCCACGCCGUGAUGCGUGGAUGGAGCGGGGCUCCCGCAGCCUGCCUGACUCCGGCCGUGCCUCCCCCUGCCACCGCGAUGGGGAAUGGUUCAUCAAACUGCUGCAGGCUGAGGUGGAGAAGAUGGAGGGCUGGUGCCAGCAGAUGGAGCGGGAGGCCGAGGACUACGACCUGCCGGAGGAGAUCCUGGAGAAGAUCCGGAGCGCCGUGGGCAGUGCUCAGCUCCUCAUGUCCCAGAAGGUGCAGCAGUUUUACCGACUCUGCCAGCAGAACAUGGAUCCCAACGCAUUCCCAGUGCCCACCUUCCAAGACCUGGCCGGCUUCUGGGACCUGCUGCAGCUCUCCAUUGAGGAUGUCAGCAUGAAGUUUGCAGAGCUCCAGCAGCUCAAGGCCAACGGGUGGAAGAUCAUUGAGCCCAAGGAGGAGAAGAAGGUGCCUCCCCCGAUACCAAAGAAGCCGCCGCGCUCCAAGGUGCACCCGGUGAAGGAGCGCUCCCUGGACUCGGUGGACCGGCAGCGGCAGGAGGCACGCAAGCGGCUCCUGGCAGCCAAACGCGCCGCCUCCUUCCGCCAGAACUCGGCCACUGAGAGCGCAGACAGCAUUGAGAUUUACAUCCCCGAGGCGCAGACCCGGCUGUGA